AUGGCUGCACGAAAAGCCUUGGUCAAGGUUGCAAAAGAAACGCAAAGCGUGCUGCCCUCGAUCGUGCAGCAUCUCCCCGACCUUGACCCAAGUUCAUCCGAACGUCUCGACUACACAAGCCUUCCACCGCUACAGCCAAACUCAUGCCCCAAGCGAACGCAUCCGGGCACCUUGAUCAUCCGCGUCGUCCAAGAAGAUUCUCUCAAUGCAGCCAUCCAACUCGCAAGCACCCGCGGUCAGGAAUCAGGCCGCGUUGUCGUCCUGAGCAACGCCAAUGCCAGGAUCCCGGGCGGGCCGUGGCUCCAGGGCGCCAUGGCUCAAGAAGAGGAGAUUUGUUACCGGAGCUCGCUGUCCCUGUCUCUCCAUGAGGAUCUCUAUCCUUGGACGGGGACGCAGGGCAUCUACACGCCUGACGUGGUUGUCAUUCGCGACGACGUCAAGUCUGGACAUAACCUGCUCCAUCCAGACACCGAAGCUUCGAACCUGCCCGUCGUGAGCGUCAUCAGCAUCGCUGCUCCUACACGCCUCAAACGCGUCACCGAAGGGCUCGCUGUCAACAACGGCGUGCAGAGCAUCACCGCGAAGAGGGCCAUCUACAAGAAUCCUCACGACAGGGACACGAUGAAGAUGAAGAUGCGGUUCUGUCUACGCAUCGCCGCAUCCAAGGGCCACGGGCUGCUCGUUCUGGGGGCGCUUGGAUGCGGCGCGUUUGGCAAUCCGAGGGAUGAUGUUGCGGAGUGCUGGCUGGAGGUGCUGCGGGAGAAGGAGUUUGGGGGAGGGUGGUGGGAGGAGGUUUGGUUUGCGGUGUUGGAUCCAAGGGGGGAUGGGAACUUUGGGGUGUUUCGAGAUGUUCUUGAUGGGAUGAGGGUUUGA